AUGAUCUGGGCGAAUCUCUUCAUCCCCUACUGUGAUGCCCUGAUCGGCUUGGAGAAGUUGUUGUUCGUCGUCGCCCCCAGUUUCUACCGUACCCUGCAUUCUCGCCAUGUUCAUCGAUUUAUGUGCUGUCUUGUCACCGUAGUGACGAUCACAUCCAUAUGUUUCAUCAUCCAUUGGUCAAAAGUUAAUGACUAUAUGACGACUAUGUUUGUCUACGAAGCCCACACCAAGCAAAACACACAAAACGGACGUUUCUACGCCAGUUUUGCCUUGGCUGUAAAAUGGACAGGGCUUAUAAUCCUCGCCACCGUCAUCUGUAACCUCAUUCCGGAGUGGUGCCGAUGGUUAAAUCUGGACAUCUACAGUGGCUACGAAUUCUACGUCUACGUCCUCUUCGCCGCCAAACCAAUCUUCCACACCUUUGUCGUUGGACUCGGGAAUCGGGAUUUACGGAAGAAGAUUAGAUCGGAAGACAUGGAGGGCUUCACGCCGAGGACGGCCGCCUCGGCACCUGGCGCCUUGCUGAAGGACACGGAUUUGGUGAACUGGCUGGAGAAGAAGCUCGGGGACUCUGAAGAAUGGGGAGGACGAAAUGCAGCCUCAUUCCUCAGCAAGGAGAUGAUCGAGGAGUUGGAGACGUGCUUUCAGCGCCUCGAGACGAACAUCAAGGUGAAGCUGCUAACGGCAAUUCUUCACGUGCAGCCGAGGUUGAUGGCAAAUUGGAAACAAGAAAUGUGCCAGCUGAUCUACUUGGGACAUCGGGAUCCGGACGAUUGGGUUGAGGCAAUUGCCGAGCUGAUCAAAGAUCUCCCAAAUACGGGCCGUAUCACCUUUGAAGCACCCGCUUCCGGUGAGGGCCACUAUUCCACUACACUACAAGAGCUGAAAAAUAUUAUGAAACGCCAUGCGCAGGCCGGCGAUCUCCGAUUAUUACCUCCAAGCUCACGGAUCGUCUCGGAAACCGCGUUAAAACAACAAUUCGGCGUCGGCGAGCUGGAGCGCGAGAAGCACUUUACGCUGAAGCGGAAGCCAAAAUCACAUUUGUUGAAAAUCGAGAUGUUGAAGCAAGCCGAAGCCGCCGCCAACCCGGCGGCCAAAUCAAAACUCGGCUCCGUCCACAGCCUCCCCAUUUGCAAGGUCCGAUCGACCGCGAGGAUAGGACGAGAAGACAUCCCAAUGCGUGGAAUGGUGCAAAACACGUGCAAACUCUCCGCCGGCUUUUCCAACGAGCCCAAGAAGUUCCAGCGGCCCGCGUUGAAACGAGAAGGCGGCGCAAAACUGCUCGACAUCAACGAAAUCCCGCAAGCGUUGAAGAAGCGGAAAUGCGACGUUCUGGCGGAGGAGCGGAAGCGGAAAGCUGAGGAGAAAGAGGAAGCCAAGAAGCAGGAACGAGCAUUGAGGGAAGCCAAGCAGGAGGAGAUGCGGAAAAAGCGGGAAGAAGAGAGAUUGGAGGCGGAGAAGAGACGCCAGGAGAAGAUAGCCCAAUCGAAGGCCAAGGCCAAUAAGGUGGUUCGAAACGAUUCGGUGACCUCGCAGGCGUCGCUGGAUGAGACCAUUGAGGCCGUCAUCAAAUCCCCUCCCCCACCGCCAAAACCAACACCCAAAGUGUCUGUUGAACCGGGCCCAAUCCCCAGAUCAAUUUUCGACAAAGCCAUCCAAAACGAGACGGAAAAAGCAGUGGGAUCCCUCACACCAGACUCUCCGCAUGGUGGACUGUUUCAGCCCAUUGCAAGUACUUCUACGGAACGAAAGGUGGCGCCGCAGCCCUCGCCACUACUCUCCCCGGCUUCAUCGGCUUCUCCCAUGCAGUCACCUUCCUACAAUACUGGCGGUCUAUUCGCUUCUGUCGAACCGACGCCACCGCCUCCACAACAAACCAGGCCGGCCCCGAAAAACCCGGUGGACGAGCGCAUCUACGGUAUCCUGAACCAGGUCCCAAGGCAGCCCGCGCCCGAGUCACAGCCUGAAAACGAGAUCACCUCCCACCUCUUCCAACCCAUCCAGCAACAAGUCAGAGAGCCGCAACAACCCGCCCAGAUUUCGCAGCAGCGCAGCUCCUCCGGAGAACUUCCGGCCUUCCGCCUGUCUCAUAUGAACCAACCGCCACGACAAGGGCUUCUAAACGCGCAAGGACAGCCGAUCCGUGUCCUCGUCCAACAGGCCCCGCUCCGACAAGUCCAAGCAGUUCCGGUGCAGCAAGUCGUUCAGCAACAACAGCCUCAACAGCACCAGCAACAACAACAACAGCAGCAACAAGUUCAGCAACAGCCGCAGCCCCGAAUGUUCCAGACCAUUCAGCAACAAACAGCGCCGAAUGGACAGACGAUAUACGUUAGAAGAACGGUCCCUGUUCAGCAACAACCUGGAGGACAAAUUCAAGCCCAACAGCCCCAACAGCAACAACCCCAAUUCCUCCGCCAAGCUGUGCAACGCCAGCCCGAGCAACCGCCCAUGGAUAAGACCGAACUUGUCCGACGUCAAUGCGAGGAAAUGCUGCGCACCGCCAACUCCCUCGAUGCGAAGAGCCGAAAAAUUGUGGUCGACUUCAUGUGCGGGAAUAAAGUCAACCCACGCCCUGACAUUGGCCAGGUCCUGACCAUCAAGCUGUCGGAAAAUAUCGAAGACGGCGUGAUGAAUGGGAUGCAGGCAAAAUGGAGGGCUGAGACGUUCUUCCAGAUGGACUUUUCCACGGGUGAAUGGAAACGGUUGCGAAAAUGCAAAUUGUUGACGAACGCCGAGUUGGAGCAGCUGGGCUACUCCGUUCCGCAACAGCAACAACAAGCCCCCAAUAUGUACCAAGCUUUU